GGCGGAGCCGCGCGUGCGCACGGCUGAGGCGCGCCCUUAGCGGCCGUUGAAAAAUGGCGACUGUCGCCGAGCUGAAGGCUGUUUUAAAGGACACCUUGGAAAAAAAAGGGGUUUUAGGGCAUUUAAAAGCAAGAAUCCGAGCUGAAGUCUUCAAUGCCCUGGACGAUGACUGUGAGCCCCGACCAUCACUGUCUCAUGAAAACCUUCUAAUUAAUGAGUUAAUUCGGGAGUAUUUGGAAUUCAACAAAUACAAGUACACAGCAUCUGUCCUCAUAGCAGAAUCUGGUCAACCUGUGGUUCCAUUGGACAGGCAAUUUCUCAUACGUGAACUGAAUGCUUUUGAAGAAUCAAAGGAUAACAGGAUACCUCUUCUGUAUGGAAUUUUAGCUCAUUUCUUGCAUGGUACUAAGAACAGCUUCCAAAGUGCAUUUCUGAGCCAGUCUUCACUCCAGCUUCCAAAUCCUCGUCUCGGUGAUGGGAGAAAGCCGAUGGAUGACCACCUGAGAAGGGAGAGAGGGAUGGGCACUGCUACUGAUACUCUUCACACUUCUCCAGCAGUGAAGAGAUGACACUUGUACCCAGAGAUCUUUUAUCUCAAACUCGAUUGUGCUACAUAACUAUUUAUUACUCCAACAUUACCAACAUGCACCACUACUAUUUGUAUUUUGGGGGAACUUGAGUUUCUGCAAAAACACUUAGUCCCUCAGGUUUUACUGCAUUUGUGAAUAAAAGCUAACUCUGUCAUCUGGCUUACUGGAUAUGCCUGGAUAAAAAAUGUAUUGUUUUUAAGUAGUAUUUUAAAGGUCCUUAAGUUUGUGAAAACUGAGAGUGCCUUUUUAAUACUUUGUUCUAAAACCAUACAGGUCUUUAGCCAUUUCUCUGCUUGUU